AUGAAGCAUAGGAGAUCUUGGAAAAAGAUUGCCAACAACAAUUAUCUGUAUCCGACCAAUAGAGUUGGGACGGGUAAGAGAGUUGUCAGUACCAUCAAGCUUGAUGCAAUCACUUUAUUAACAAUCGAUGUAUCUUCUCUAGCUAAUAUGAUUAAAACCAUGAAAAAUCCAACUGUAGUCCAUGAGGUAAAAUCAACAGAGUUUUCAUGCAUUUAUUGUGGUGAAAAUAAUGUGUUUGACGAAUGCUCAUCAAACCCAACGUCAGUAUACUAUAUCGAUAAUUCCAAUCGAAAUAGCAAUCCAUAUUCCAACACCUACAACUUAGGGUGGAAGCAUCAUUUGAAUUUCAGUUGGGGUAAUCAAGGUACAGGAAAUUUCAACAGUGCCGCAAGACAGAAUGUCAACAAUGCAACGCCUGGUUAUAAUCAUCCUAUGCCGAGGCAAAAUGCUCAACAAGGUCAGGUAUCAUUUUCUAAUUCUAUUGAAGACUUGUUAAAGGAAUAUAUGGCCAAGAAUGAUUCUGUAAUUCAAAGUCAGGCAACAUCUCUUCGAGCGCUUGAAAAUCAAGUAGGGAAAAUAGAGAAUGCUCUAAAUUUAAGGCCACAAGGAGCAUUGUCGAAAGAGGAUAAUGCAAGUAACAAUCAGGUAAGGAUCCCAGAACCAUCUGAAAAGCAUACAACAUCUGAAAAUGAUAAGAAGAAGAAUGCAGUGCGGUUCCAUAAAUCUAAACAAGAUGCCCAGUUUAAAAUAUUUUUGGAGGUUUCGAAGCAACUCCAUAUUAAUAUAUUGCUAGUCAAAGCUUUGGAUCAAAUGCCCAAUUAUGUGAAAUUCAUGAAAGAUAUACUAUCGAAGAAGUGCCAAUUGGGAAAGUUUGAGACUGUUGCUCUUACUGAAGGGUGCACAGCAAUGUUGAUGAAUAAGCUACCUUCAAAGUUAAAGGACCGAGGGAGUUUUACAAUCCCAUGUUCAAUUAGAAAUCAUUAUGUAGGAAAAUCAUUAUGUGAUCUAAGCGCAAGUAUAAAUCUAAUGCCUAUGUCUAUUUUCAGGAAACUAGGAAUUGAGAAAGGAAGACCUAUUACAGUUACGUUGCAACUGGCUGAUCGAUCUUAA